UGACUCACGAAUUUCUCGAGUAAACAAGACAGUCAUCCUCAUCAUCUGGUUGGAAUUUGUGUCAAGUUUUUAAACGACCUGAAAAAUUAAACUAUUUUGUACAUUUAAAAGCUGAAAUUACCAAUUGGAAGAAAUCACAAAAAUUCUGAGAACCGUCAUUUGGUCAUCUUAGUCAAUUCCUAUGGACGAUUCCGCGGAAACGCUAAUCACCGACUUUAUCCGUGAUGCUGGCGAACUCGCUCAUCGAGCCAUCGCUCAAGAUAAGGAGGAAAACUAUGAAAUAGCUGUUUACUUUUAUGGAGAAAGUAUAUCCUUACUAGACCGAGCUAGAGUAGAAAUUGUUUCUCUCUUCGGAUCUGAAUUGGAGGAUUCGACGUCGUCAAAUGAGAACAAUGGGAAUGAUGAUAGUGAAUCGUCUGGUAGGGGUGGGAGACGAGUCGACUUUUGGAAGGAUAAAUUAUCUAUGACUGACCGCAAGAUGCGAGAGUAUCAGAGAAGGAUAGAAGAAUUAGAGAGAUUAAUUAUAGAAAACCAGCUGAACGAUAUGCACAUGACUAAAUUAAAAUCGGAGGAGGAACAAUUAUUCGAACAGGCCAAAUUUCUAGUGAGUCAGGCACUCGAUGCCGAAGAGGAUCCCGUCGGAGUAGACGAGGAGGCCGUCAGAUUGUACACCGAAGCGGUCCAGCUUUGUCUUACAGCUAAAGCCAGCCCUAAAAUUGACGAACUGAUGGCAAACCAAAUAGCUAAACUAGCCUCUCAAGCAUUGGAUAGGGCAGAAAAAUUGAAAGGCAUCACAACAACAGGUUCAAAGGGGGGAGCCGGGCAACAAUUUAGUCCCUGGCCUGCUCCACAUGUCACAUCAUCAUCCAGUAGUGGUGGUCCACCUCCACAAGAGUCCGCCCAUGGUUCCGACAUUCCGCAAACUGUGACUGGAAAAUCUUAUUAUUCUGAUGAUGAGAAAAAAGUGCUCUUGUUCACCUCCAAAAUCAACCGAAUCGAUUAUUUACCCUUUAUGGAUGUCGAUCUCCGAGAAAAGUUUGCCACCCAUCUUCCCUUUUCUGAUCACAACGGAUACCUUCAACUUUCCCCCAAGCAAGCAAAAAAUUUUUUCAGGUGGGCGAGACCGGAUGAGAUUUGGUCUAGCCCAAAAAUGAUUGAACGGAUUGAUUGUUUUAGUAUAAAACAGACUGUGAUUAGCGAUUGUAGUUUUGUCGCGUCCCUUUCCGUCAGUGCCCUAUAUGAGAAAAAGUUUAAGAAAAAGUUGAUUACGAGUAUAAUCUAUCCCAUGAAUAAGGCUGGAGAUCCAGUGUACAAUCCGUGUGGUAAAUACAUGGUGAAACUGCUGCUAAAUGGUGUACCAAGAAAGAUUAUAAUCGAUGAUUACCUACCCGUGGGGAAGAAUGGGGAGCUGUUGUGUUCUUAUUCUAACAAUAAGGGGGAACUUUGGGUGUCACUACUGGAGAAAGCAUACAUGAAAGUUAUGGGAGGAUACGAUUUUCCUGGAAGUAACAGCAACAUUGAUCUCCAUGCGUUGACCGGCUGGAUUCCUGAACGUCUGUCCAUCCACUCCACAGAGCAUGCUCCAUUUGAAAAGAACAAGACGUUUUUAAAGUUGCAGGACCGAAUGGCCAGGGGAGAUGUCCUUGUAACUGUGGCCACAGGAAAUUUAACAGACAAAGAGGCUACCCGGGCAGGACUGGUUCCAACGCAUGCCUAUGCUGUUCUGGACAUUCGAGAAGUAAAAGGAGUUCGCUUAUUAUUAGUCAAGAAUCCUUGGUCACAUUUGCGCUGGAAGGGAAACUAUUCAGAACUUGACGCCCUGCAUUGGACCGAUGAGAUGAAAAGACUGCUAAAUUACGACCCUAGCUGUGCCAGUAUGUUUGAUAAUGGCGUUUUCUGGAUUGAUUAUGACUCCAUCUGCAAGUUCUUUGAUGUGAUUUAUAUGAAUUGGAAUCCAGCCCUGUUUCCGUUCACAUAUUGCAUCCACAACACGUGGUCAGCCGGAGUUGGGCCUGCUAAAGAUGUCUACAACAUAAGUGAAAAUCCUCAGUAUCGUCUAGAAAUAAAAUCUUCCUCACCUGACGGAGCAGCUGUUUGGGUUCUCUUAACAAGACACAUUACGGAAAUUGAAGACUUUAAGGAAAAUCGGGAGUACAUCACCGUCGUCGUGUAUGACACGGACGGGAAACGCGUCUUUUACCCCUACGAGCCACCCCCAAUGAUAGAUGGUGUAAGAAUUAAUAGUCCCCACUACUUGUGCAAGAUUCGCGUCCAGGGCACCACCGCGAAACGAUUCACCUUAGUAAUUUCUCAGUACGAGAAAAUGAAAAGUAUCCACUACACGUUACGUGCCUACUCGUCGUGUCCCUUCCAAAUGAACGAAAUACCGGAAGUGGGUAAAUAUCAGAAGCAAAUCACCGGUGAGUGGAAGGGAAAAUCUGCCGGAGGAUGUUUGAACCAUCCCGAAUCUUACCAGAAUAACCCUUGUUACAAAAUUGCCCUGAAAACGUCAUCCAAUGAAAAUACACUCAUCAUCGAGUUGAAAGGACCCAAAGACUUUCAUGUUGGGUUUGACAUUUUAUGCUCCAACGUCACAGAUCCGAAAGCUCCCGGAUUUUUUAAUAAGAAAUCUUGUGGGAAUUAUAGACCCGGCUUCGUCGUACUACAAAUUGACCACGUCCCAUCAGGCGUUUAUCAUAUUAUCCCGACAACCUUUAAACCAGGAAGUGAGAGUCCAUUCUUUCUGAAAGUGGAGAGCUCAUGUGACUUUAGCAUGGACAAACUGUGAAACUAAACUUUUUGAAUUUUACCUGAGCUAUGCAAAUUCUAACAACAUUCUCUUUAAAGUGACCUUUUAUCUUAUAAUAAUGUCGUGAUAUUUUAUGCAAUUAUAUGCAAUUAUAAUGUCACAAAGAACAUGAAAUAAUUACCGGUGACCGGUGAUGAUCUACUUAUUUUGACAAUAUUAUGCUGCUGCUUGAUGUUCAAAGUAUUACUUACUACUGUAUCUUAAUAAUAUGCAAAUUAGUAUACGUC